CCCCGAGCUCUAGAAAAAACACCUUCAACUCCUUCAAUGUUAAAACUCCACAAUUAAACCUGCUAGAGGGGGGGGGAAACAGAAGACAAAAACCGCUUUCGUAAUUUCUACGCACCAAUCGUGUAGAUACCGAUAACGGAAUACAAGGGGCAGACAGAUUCAGGCAAUACCUCAAUACUGUUAUGAAGCGAGAAUGAGUGUCGCAGAAGACAGCGGGAGCAAGUGCUCGUCGGGCCCGAUUUCCAGCUUUACCAUCCAGUCUAUUUUAGGGACGCCGUCCGAUGCUCCGCGCUCCGGGAACAAGGAGCUCUCCAAGGGGCCGCUGCCUCCGCCGCGGAGGCGCUCUCUGUCAGUGUCCUCCGAGGAGUGCAGCGGCGGGGAGGACUCCGCGGACUGCUUCUGCUCCGACACGGGUCACAGCGAGCCGUGCACCACGCACCGAGCCCACAACUUCUGUUUAGGUUCCGCUAAAGGACUUCUGUCUGGGAAUGAGGGGCUCGCGCGCCGGCCGCACCUGCCCAAGCCUCUGCGGCAGGACUAUAAGGAGGAGCAGGAGAGACCGUGCCACCAAAUGUCCCCUCUGUCGGAGGAGAGACACACGGACGGGGCUGACAAGCAGGGCAACUCGACCAAGAAGAAGACGCGCACGGUGUUUUCCCGGAGUCAGGUGUACCAGCUGGAGUCCACCUUCGACAUGAAGCGAUACCUGAGCAGCUCGGAGAGGGCCUGCUUAGCCUCCAGCCUGCAGCUGACCGAGACUCAGGUCAAGACGUGGUUUCAGAACAGGAGGAACAAAUGGAAACGGCAGCUAUCAGCUGAACUGGAGGCGGCGAACAUGGCCCACGCCUCGGCACAGACACUAGUGGGGAUGCCGCUGGUUUUCAGAGAUAACUCCUUACUGCGUGUUCCGGUUCCCCGGUCUAUCGCCUUCCCGACGCCCCUUUAUUACCCGGGGAGCGGCCUGGCAGGGUUACCUUUAUACAACCUGUACAACAAGAUUGAGUACUGAAAGACUCUUUGUCCACCACUGCAGUAAAUUACAAACAAAACAACAUUCUUAUAAGUGUCUCCACAUAACCCCUGUAUAUUAAUUGUAUCACUUUAUUUGUUAAGGAAAUUCUUAUUAUGCAGCGUCUCACAUGAAAGCAACCAAGCUUCUCUAAAUGUAUAAAAUACACCAUGUGUAUAAUUAAUUACAAUCUUUUUUGUACUUUUAUUUCCUUCUUCUGCUUUAACUGAUUACAUAAUGGAGUUUAACAUUCAUAUCACAUUCAAGAAAAAAUAGACUCCACACCAAAAUGCUUUUACACUGUUUUUAUUCAGAAUUGGUUCUUCACAUAUAUUGCAAAGCAUCAGUCUUUUUAUUUCACUUGAAAGGAAAAAUAUAAUUAUUCCAUUUGAGGAAAAAUAUCGUUGUUUCUAUUG